CUCUGAGCUAUCCAAAACUAGAAAGUUUUUUCCUUUUUCUUUGGUUAAAUUUAUUUAUACUCAGAAAAGAUGUACAGAUAGGUGGCAUUGGCCCAUUGCAUUAAUACUGUGAACUACAAGGUAGGUAUCUCCAACUAAGAUUUCUCGUCGGUAUUCAGUACUGCAUACUAAAGUCCUCAAAAAUUUGACGUACAUUUCCGGCGUGACCAGUUACUACCUCUUAAAGAUCCUUAAUUCUUCCACCCGCAGUCGCCGGAGAACGGAGCACCACAAAGCUGAUUCAGAGAUUCUUCUUGUGAAAGCAGUAAGCUUUUAUUUGAUUCUUCCUCAGAGAAUAAGUUGUGUUGCGUGCAGAGAUGCUGAAAGAACAGGAAGAACGACGUCGGCUGUGUGAUUUCUGCGGCUACUGCACGGCGGUGUUGUACUGCACAGCAGAUUCAGCGAAGCUUUGCCUCUCCUGUGACCGGGAGGUGCACUCCACCAACCAGCUCUUUACCAAGCACACCCGCUCCCUGCUCUGUGACGCCUGCGAUUCCUCCCCUGCUUCCAUAUUCUGCUCUACGGACGCUGCCGUCCUCUGCCACACCUGCAACUGGGAGUCUCACAGCCCCGCCCUUUCGCCAGCUCAUGAUUGCCACCCGGUUGAAGGGUUUUCCGGGCGGCCUUCCCUGAGUGAGCUGCUAUCUGUUCUUGGGUUUGAAAAUGUGAGCAAGAAGUCCCUUUUGUCCGGUGAUGAUGCCGACAACUAUGAGUAUUUGGAUUAUCUUGUUUGGGACACACCUUCAGUUGUCGCUAGUGUAGAUGAUUACAGCGUCCCUCUCCCAAAGAAUCAAAAUGCUGCCUGCGGACAACACAAAGCUGACAUUCUUUGUCAGCUUCGUGAUAUGUUGAAAUUGGAACCAAAUUUCACCACUGAGGAUGAAGAUUUUGAGCCCUUGAGGAGCUUUCAGUCCAUGGAACCUAAGAGCACAGAACUUAAACAGAAGGCAAGUGGUUUUCAGGGUGGCACUGAUACCAGCAAAUUUGUGGAACAAGGAAUUGCUUCUUCCUUGUUUUGUGGAUUCGUGGAGACAAACUGUUUAGUUCCUGAUAAAAAUUCAGACACUGGCGAGGGUUCAGUUCUAGCAAAUGAUCACAGCAAAGGGAAGUGUCAACAUUCUUCCAUUACUGACACCCAGCAAGCGCUUCCUAGAGUUGCUCCUCGCGAGUUGAACAGCCAGGAAAGAGAGACUGCAAUUACUAGGUACAAGGAGAAAAGGAAAACACGGAGAUUUGAGAAACAGAUAAGGUAUGAGUCGCGCAAAGCCCGGGCAGAGAGUAGGGCUAGAAUCAAAGGGCGUUUUGCCAAGAAAGAUGAGAGAGACAGUGCUAUGCAUAGAUGAUUCCCUGAUACAUCAGUUUUAUCAAAGAGAUUGUUACAGUUUCAGUGGCCAGAAGCGCAGCAAUCCUAGUUGGACUGUUUUACGAUUAGUAAUUUAUUCCAGAAUCCUAUAUAUUCUAUUAGAAAUUGUAUUACCAUCCUUUAAUAUAUAUUAUUGUAGUACAAAUAUAAAUUGUAUUAUUAUAUUUUUUAAUAUUACACAAACCUUAAUAGGGUGGGAGGUUAAAAUA